AUGGGGGACGACCAUGGCGCCAAGCUGGUGAAGAGCCUGCGGGGCGCGGCGCAGAAAUACGUCGGCGUGGGGUUCUUCCUCGGCUUCUUCCUCGUCCUCCUCACCUACUUCACCCUCUCCGAGCAGUUCGCCAUCGCCGCGCCCAACGGUGCGUCUCAGACUUGGUCAAAGCAUGGACAUGUUCUUCCAUGUUCUUGGUUAUCUCAAUUUAAGGACAUAGUCACCAACCUAAAACUGAAACUGAUGAGAAUUUGGCUACAAAUUGCAGCUAUCCGGAGGACCUCGGCGGCACACCCGACGCCGACCGCCCCGGCCGUGGCAGAGAAGACGGUGCAGCAGCAGCAGCUUCCCGUCAAAAAGGAGGAAGCACCUCUGCCAGAGCAUGAACAAGUACAAGAGAAGCCACCGCCUGUCGACGAGGAGCCCCACAGGGAAACAGAGGAGCCCAACUCAGAAACAGAGGAGGACCCCAAGCCCACCGAUGACGCUACCAAGAUCGUGACGACGGCGGAGGAGAGCGCGCCGGCGAAGAAACCGGCGUGCGACAUCCAGGGCCCCUGGGCGUCCGACGUCUGCGACCUCGCCGGCGGCAGCGGUGGCGUGCGCAUCCACGGCUCCACCCACACGGUGCUCGUCCCGCCCACCAUCGAGUCCGGCGGCAGCAACCCCAACCCGCAGGAGUGGCGCGUGCUGCCCUACUCCCGCAAGCACAUGUCCGGCAUCAAGGAGAUCACCGUGCGCGAGCUGCCCACGGCGGCCGACGCGCCCCGCUGCGCCGUCACCUCGCAGGUCCCCGCGCUCGUCUUCGCCAUGGGCGGCCUCACGGGCAACUACUGGCACGACUUCAGCGACGUCAUGAUCCCGCUCUACCUCCAGGCCUCCCGCUUCGACGGCGAGGUACAGCUCGUGGUCACCAACAUCCAGCCCUGGUACGCCGGCAAGUACCGCCACAUCAUCGCGCGCCUGUCGAGGUACGACGUGGUGGACAUGGACAAGGACGACCAGGUGCGCUGCUUCCCGUCCGCCGUCGUCGGCAUCCGCAUGCACAAGGAGUUCAGCAUCGACCCGGAAAAGGAUCCCACGGGCCACUCCAUGCCGGAGUUCACCAAGUUCCUCCGCAACGUCUUCGCGCUCCCGCGCGCCGCGCCCAUGCGGGUCACCGCCGGACUUAUAAGCGACAAGAAGCCGAGGAUGAUGAUCAUCUCGCGGCGCCACCCGAGGAAGCUGGUGAACAUCGCGGAGGUGGUGGCGCUCGCCAAGCGGAUCGGGUUCGAGGUGGUGAUUGGGGACCCGCCGUUCAACGUGGACGUGGGCGACUUCGCGCGCGAGGUGAACGCCGCCGACGUGCUCAUGGGGGUGCACGGCGCCGGCCUCACCAACUCGCUCUUCCUGCCGACUGGGGCCGUGUUCAUCCAGGUGAACCCCUUCGGCAAGAUGGAGCACAUCGGGGAGGUGGACUUCGGGACGCCGGCGGUGGACAUGGGGCUCAAGUACAUGGCCUACUCGUGCGGCAUGGAGGAGAGCACGCUGGUGGACACGCUGGGGCGUGACCACCCGGCCGUCAAGGACCCGGAGUCGAUCCACCGCAGCGGGUGGAGCAAGGUGGCGGAGUACUACCUCGGCAAGCAGGACGUGAAGCUCGACCUCCAGCGGUUCGAGCCCGUGCUCAUCAAGGCCAUGGCCAUGCUCAGAGAGUAG